CUCCCAUCCCCCACCCCUCUGUCCAAACCCUCCUGCUCUCAGACAGGCAGACGGACAGACGGCAGGACGGAUACACGGGUGGGGCCUGUGCUCGGCGGCUCGGCGGCAGGCUGGUGGAAGAUGUCGUCCGGAGCCGGUGGGAGGGGCGGAAGGCGGCUCAGGGGGACGGCGGGCGGCGGCGGCGGAGGAGGCAGAGGGGGGCCGGGGGAGGCGGAGGAGGGCCCCGUGGGGAUCCCGUUCCCCGAGCACAGCGCCGACAUCCUGGGCGGCCUGAACAAGCAGCGGCUCAGCGGCCUGCUGUGCGACGUGCUCCUGGUCGCCGAGGACCGCGAGUUCCCGGCCCACCGCUCCGUCCUGGCGUCCUGCAGCUCCUACUUCCACAAGCUCUUCACGUCGGGCCCCGCCGCGGACCAACAGAACGUCUACACCAUCGACUUCGUGGCGGCGGAGGCUCUGGGAGCGCUGCUGGACUUUGCCUACACGGCGACAUUGACGGUCAGUCACAGCAGCGUGGCCGACAUCCUCGCCGCCGCACGCCUCCUGGAAGUCCCGCCUGUGCAGGAAGUCUGUACGCACCUGCUGGACACCAAAGUGCUCUCCCCGCCGGCGGGCAGUGAGCGAAGAGAUGAAGAUGAGGAGAGCAAGGGCAGAGGACGCAGGGAGCCGGGGAACCGGGUGCGGGCCCAGGAGUAUCUGGACUACUUCCAGAGAGGGGCGCACUGGAGCAGCAGCUGCAGCACGCCGGAGCUCAGGGACCUGCCCACACACCUGCACUUUAACCACGGUAACGGCGGGGUCCCCAGCAACGGGGCUCCUGCUGGCCCCGGUGAGUACUACUCCCCUCUGGCCCUCGCCUUGACCCAGGCUCCCACACAGGAGCCAGAGGAAGACGAUGACGAUGACGAGGAAGAUGAGGACAUGGAGGCGGUGCAGGGGAACGGAGGGAGCCUGGGGUCGUCUUACUUCCCGCCGCCCCAGAAUGGGCACCUCUACCUACCCCCCGAGUCUCGGCUCGGUCAGGAGCCCGAGGUGGAAGAUGGAAGUCGGGAGGCGAUGGCGAGGGAGAGGGGUUCCGCCAGUGCCCUCCUGCAGCAGAUGAUGGACUCCAUCGAGAAGCAGAAGGAGCGCGCAACAACUGGGGAGGAACAGGGAGACGGGGACGACCCCGACAUGGAAUUUUACUUGAAUUACUUUAACAGCACUCAGCAUGAGGAUCCAGCUUCUGCGGCUGUGACACAGGGAGUGCCGCCGCUCUGGUUGUCACGGGGCAGAGCAGCCCCAGACAGAGGAGGAGGAGGAGGAGGAGAGGGGGGAGCGGGAGAGAGAGGCAACGGGGCUGGAGGAGGAGGAGGAGGAGGAGGUGGCGGCGAGAGGAAGAUGCGCUCUAAGGCCUUCCAGAAAUGCCCCAUAUGCUCCAAGGUCAUUCAAGGAGCAGGCAAGCUACCCCGCCACAUCCGAACACACACGGGAGAGAAACCUUAUGAAUGCACCAUCUGCAAAGUACGCUUUACCAGGCAGGACAAGCUCAAGGUUCACAUGCGGAAGCAUACAGGAGAGAAGCCUUACCUUUGUACUCAAUGCGGAGCCGCCUUUGCUCACAACUACGACCUGAAGAACCACAUGCGCGUGCACACCGGCCUGCGCCCCUAUCAGUGCUCGAGCUGCUUUAAGACUUUUGUGCGCUCGGACCACCUGCACCGCCACCUCAAGAAGGACGGCUGCAACGGCAUCCCGUCCCGUCGGGGCCGGAAGCCCCGGGUGCGGGAGCAGGGCCCCCUCGACGCCCCCCUGGGCCUGCUGGACCCCGACUCCGACACGGGCCCCGGGCCUCGCGGCAUCAGGGGGCGGCGGCGCUCGGAGGCGUCGUCGGCCGCCGAGGUGGAGGGCGCCGCCAGAGCCCACGCACACAGUCCUCAACUGCAGGAGGAUGCAGGGGAGGCGGGGCCCUGAGACUGCGAGGGGCGCCAAGGGACACUGCUGGAGCACCAUAGUCACUCUGCACCGCCUGUGAGACAGGCCAUCAGAGAGGAGAGACAAAAACAACACACACAAAGGCAAACUUUUAAAAACAACAACAACUAACUAUUCCUCUAUAAACCAAAUCAGGGUGUCACAACAAAAAAAAAUCUAAUCUUUAUAUUUCUUUUUUUCCUUUUUUUGUUUAGGAAAUGGAGCAGACAUGCAAGCACUUGAGUCGAUUUAUCUGUUAAAGAGCAAAGAACGCUUCAAAUCAUGUACCCGCGACGUCCACUUUCUGGGCCAUUUCUUUCUUUAUAAUAUUGGGGUGUUUUAUACAUUGGCAGAUGUGCUGAGGCAAAUGUAUGAUGGAUACAAAGAAACGCAGGAGCAACUAUGCAGUUGAUUUUAGAUUUGUAUUGGUUUUGUCCUCACAGCCUUCAAGCUCUAAGCAAGGUGUCUAUCGAGCACCUUCUGGCUGCUGUACGGGUGAAGCGAGGACAAAUCCUCCCAGUGAAAACAACUCUUUUUCUAUUCUUUUGCAGGCCUGAAAUGUACAGUUACCAUAGAAACAACAUUGCCACAAUUUGGCAUAUGCAAGGAAAAAGCUCACCACAAUUUUUUGAUGCAACAGUUUCUUCUCUUCUAAAUGUUCCAGAAAGAAUCAGACGAGGGGUUUGAUUGAAGUGUUACUUACUCUAUAAAAAUGCAUAUAUUGGUUUGUCUUCUUGUAAAAAAAACAAAUUCAACGUCGAGUCAAAUCCACUUUAACGGGGGCUCUUCAAUUGCAGGACUCUGGGGGGAAUAUGAGGGGUGGAGGGUUUGUGUUUUUAAAGCACUACCAUCGUCAAUGUACCUGUUGGCUUGACUACGUUGCCUCUUAACCCUGCAAAUUUCAGCUUUUUUUAUUUUUAUUUUCCCUUUUUAUGAUUCAGUCUUAAUUUUUGUUGUCGUCGUCGUCGUUCCUUUUUUGUUGACUGCUUCGGGUACUUGACACUUUAUAAUUGUAUACAUGUAUAUACAGCCGGUGGUGAUAUGACAUUGGUUCCAACUUAAUGCUGAGGUGUACUUUUCGGGUUUUCCUCCUGGGCUACAUGUCAUAUUUCUCACAGAGUGAAGCUUGUGGGUGAACAAAAAAAAACAACAACUUGUGUGAGUGUUCGAUUGAAAAAAAAAAAAAAAAAAAACCCAUUGAAUCACCCAUUUGCCCUAAACUUAACACUUAACUUGUAUAGUUCCUACCCAAAGGAGGAGGAGGUCGAAUGAAUGAAUGUGCUUAACUUUGUGCAGUUUUUCGGAAUCUGUCCUUGUGUGACAAGGCGCGGGUAGCAUUUAACCAACCGCAGGUUAAAGGAAUGGCAGGGAGCUCGAGAGAGAGUGACAAAGAGUACGAAGAAGAGAUAGAUGAGCACCUUUUUAUUUCUAUGUUUGCACAGCUUUACUAAAGAUAUCCAACAGAGCGAGAGAGAGAGAGAGCGGUGUAUUUAAAGGAAGUGGGCUGGUGUUGGAGCGAGUGAGAGGAGGUUUAUGUAUCGUGCUUAUUCCAAUCUUUUUGUUUUGCCCCAGGGACCACACAACCGUGAGGCAACCUGUACGAUGAGGAGAGCAAUAAAUACCUGUCCAAGUCGGGAGGCCAAAAUAGGAGCGUGGCUGCAGCUGGUUGAUGGGGGAGGGGAACAAGGGAAGGGGAGGGGGAUCUCACAAUGUCUGUUGCAUUCCAAAAAAAUAAUCUCCCCCAGCUCAGCCACGUUUCCAGGCAGGAGGGGAUCAAAUCAGGCCUUUUCUCUCCCUCUGUAGUCCUCUAAUGCCCCCGAACUAGCCUGGAGGGGAUAUUAUUAUAUUAGAGCCUGGUGUUGGCAGUUUAGUGUGCGAGCAUGUGUUUGUGCACAUGUGUGUUUUUGUGUGUGUGUGCGUGGCAGCCGGGGUCGCUCUGGCCACAUCAUCACUGUGUGAGUCAGCCACGGCCUGUUCAAACAUGCACCCUGAGCUGCCAGCCCCAAUGCACUUUCUCUGUCUCUCACACACACAUGCUCACACACGCACACACUCACACACUCACUCACACACUCUCUGCUCACUGGAUCCAGGCAUCCUGUGGAGAAGAGGGAGACACCAGGUGUAUAUAUAUAUAUAUAUGUUGUUGUCGGGGACUCCGUGACUCUGGAUUUGUAGGUCUGUCCGAGUUGUGUUAUUGUGCUUCAAAUCCAAAUGUUGCUUUCCAAACUAGCACAUUUUGAGUUGAGAGAACAUCCCCCCCUUGGCCCCGCCCCCCCUCUUAGUUCAACUAUCAGUCCUUUGCAUCUUAAUUGGAAAGCGGCAGGUUAUGAAUGCGCUUCAACAAAACGGGUACUUGGAGACAAACCAGUGGCAGAUGAGAGCAGAGUCCUUCCUUCUGGCUCCUCCGCUGGUUUCGUUCAGGUUUUUAAGAAGAAAGCUGCCCCAAAAAACACACACAUCUGAAAACUGAUAUAUCUUAACUUCAGAUCUCUACAAGAGACGCCCUGGAGGCUCUGAUCCGAGGACUGCAUUGACCCGUGGGAACUGAUGGCACUUGAAGUUUAGUUGUUGCUGGAGUCCAGAGAGUUUGUCUUUGUGUCUUAAUGGAGGAGGAGGAUAUGGACGAGAAGAGAGGACGCCGUGUGCUAGUGCGUGUUGGCGCGUGUGUGUGUGUGUGUCUGUGCGCGUUUCCUUUCCGUGCGUGUGUUGCUGGCUGGCAGGCGGGGAGGGUCUCGUGGACGAGCUCGGAUAAACAAACUGUGUCUGCCCCCAUCUGUUCGCCAGCUCCUCGUAAUAACCGCACGUGUUCUCCGAGGGAACCGCGGCCCUAAUGGACCGGGUCCGCGGCGCCGCGCAGGCAGAACGGGCGUAUUGUGAAACGACUCGUCGGACUGUUGCGUGUUUACUUCACGGCUCUCUCGGCGUACAUUUGCAUAACUCUUUUGUUUACCCCCGGCGGUCGUUGGCUUCGGCCUGGAGUUUUCGGUUCUAGUUUUUGCUCCUCCAAUAUGAUAAAGAUGGCGUUUUCUACAUUUAUAAAUGCACAGUUUGACGCUCACAGGCAGACCGAUGCGAGCUGGCUAUGCGAUCUUUACGCUUACGCCAAUGUUGUCUUCACGUGGCAGAAGGUCAGACCUGUCGGCCAUCUUAAACGUUGUUUGGACCUUAAUAUUGUUCCCCCAAAAGUCUUAUGUUGUUUGUUGACGAACCAAAGCUUGUUGCCCUCAAUCUUAGUCGACGGUAGAGAUGUUUAUAGUAUGUCUAUAAUGUAUCCAGACUUGGCCUACCUGAGUAAACCACCCACACAGAUGCCCUCCUCUUGAAUACAUAUGCAGACGUGUGUGUGUGUGUGUGUGUGUAUGUGCGUGCGUGUGUGAAAUCAUACAGAUAUUAACUUUGCUUUCUCUCUCUCUUUCUAUCCUUGUGGACAAUAGAAUCAGAGGUUUAUGGAUGUGUAGUUUUUUUCUUGUCCGUCUACACUCGGUUUUUUUUUAUGCUCCUUUUUUAAUAUAUUUUUUCUAACAAUCUUUCAAGGCUGUGCGUGAGUGUGCGAGCGUGUGAGUGUGUAUGUAGGGGUUGUGGGUGGGGGUCGUGGUUUUGGGUUGCUGUGCCAGGAGGGUGGGGUAAAUGGGUGCUUGGGUGGGGUUAUGGAUACAAAGCCUGAUAGCACUGGAAGUGGUGCUUUAGCUGAGAGAGCAAACGUUUGCACUAAUGUUAAAUGUCCUUGUCCUGCUUAUGGGAGAAGGGCAGGAGACCUCAGAAAGGCCGGCGAGUUUCCACGAGCACAGAGCGGCGUGCUCGAUACUCACCGGCCUCAAAAAGAGUCCAUCCAACCCCUCCGUAGAAAUAAUCAUGUACAGUAUAUUAAGAAAUAUACAGACGUCCAACAACGGCAAAUACCAAAGGAGAAGAAAUGGCUCGCGUCGAAGUCAUUGGACAUUUUUAAGCUAUGCCAAUCUCACGUUGGAUUAAUAAAGAGUUUUAUUGUUAAAUCGGAAGGCUCUUGAAAAGAGGACUUUUGAUGGACACUAGAGGAAAAUGUAUUUGCUCUUCUUGUAAAGAAAUAUUCCAAAUAUACAACAUUUGAGGCACUUAGAAAGUAGCGACGCCUCUCCCGGAAAAAUUCUAUAGACAUUAUAUCUGCGUCCUGGUUUGGUGGCCGAGGUGCAAACUGUGUGCAGGUGCCAGAGAUAUUGAAUCCACUUCUUUUUAAAUUCAACAUGAUGAUGAUGAUGAUGGGAUUUUAUCAACGUUUGUCUCAUAUUACGUCAACUGAUGAAUAAUGAUAUGCCAUGAUAAUGAAAACUGUUGGUAUUGUUGAACACUGUUAUAUUGAUCAUUGCCGAGCUGGAUGGAUUCCGUUUACUUUCCGAAGAAGGUUUAAUUUAAUUUAAAAAAAUGUUCUCUAGUUGAAGCAGACUGGGACUUUGUGGCCUUGUCUGAGCAGCACUAAGCUUGGUUUUCUUUUUUUUCCUUUUUUGUAAUGUUUCCAGACAGUUGUAUUGUGUGCAGUGUGGGGCUGAGGCUGCCUCCCACCAGGUGGACAAUACGAACAUCAAGGGCCACAUUGUGCCUUCUUACGUGGGCAGGAACAGACCAAAACUCACCAUUUAUUUUUCCUUUUUUAUUUCUUCCGUUUGACCGAAAACACUUUUCUUUCAAUAUUUUCAAAAUAAAUUGUAAAAGCUGAUUGGCUUGGUACUUAAAAAAACACAAAAAAACAAUAAUCAUUGAGCAGUUUAAGCUUUUCUUGACUGAAUUGAUACCGACGUGUCUGCACCAGGCGCUCUCUCUCUCUCUCUGGAUCCACCGGUGUGUCCCCAGCCUCAGCCCCAGACUAAGGUUACUCUGACCCCGGCUCCACGGAGACGGUCUCGGAACUUCAUCGCGAGUGUUUUUUCCAAAUUGACCUUGAUAUGUUGUUGUUUCCCCCCCCCCCCUCUCCUCUUUCCUAUGCUGUUAUCAAAGAGUUUGGGUGAAUCUAUCUGAGAAGGCCGUAAAACAAAGACGACCAACAACUAACGAUAACAAUGUGUAACUGUAAACAACGCGGCAGGACGGGGUGACUGUUAAUAUGGAGAUUGGCGGCGGCGGACUAUUUUGCUUUUCUUCGUCAUUUUCCCGCACACCUGAUUUUAUUUUUUAUUGUGUGUGUGUGUGUUUGUGAGUUUUCCAUCAGGCUCUUGAUGCACAGCAAGCUGAGUGCAGCAUAUGCAGUACAGCAGUAUGCGCAGCGUGGCUCUGGCACUUACACAGACAGCCCCGGGUCCUUCAGAGAGGCAGGCUGCUGUCUGUUGGCUGCUCUCAGCCAAGUGGGGACAGUUUGCACUCGGAGUCUCUCUCUCUCUCUCUCUCUCUCUCUCUCUCUCUCUCCGGGAGGGAGGGAGGCAAAGGUCGUCAUGCAGGGAGGGGGAUCAAAUACGGGUGGGAGGGGAAAGCUUAGUUUUUCAGGGAUGGAAAGCCCAGGUGACUCUCGGACCAGCCGGUUAGGAGUCGCACGGCCACGAUCCGAUAAGAACGAUAACGCAAACGAGGUCGCCACAGAAUUCACAUUGUGGGAACCGAGUGUCGCUGCUCGCUUGUUGUCUCUCAAGUACUACUCAGGUGGAAAAUACACUGCUAUGCAUUGUUAAGUUUACGCUAUGUCUCAUCACCCUCUGAGCAACUCCUCCUUUUCUUGCUCAUUACUCAUAUUUAAAAAAACGACGGCUCCGAGAAAAGAUGGAACAGUUCCCUCUGUCCCGUGGCAGAGCGGCCGGCCUAUUCCUCCGUCUGAUAUUGAUCCGGUGGAUUGUUUGUUGGAGGGAAGGAAGCCACUGGAGAUGCAGUCUUAUUAGUCGGACUGUAAACAUUUUUUUUUUGAUCGGAGAUCACACACACACUCGGCAGGGGAAUCGGCAGGAGGGAGAGGGAGAGGGGGGGCGGUCGGUUGAUGUGCGGAGGAAGACGCCGUUUCAGUUUUUCAGUCUCCUCAACUCAUUUGGUUUAGGAUACAUUCCAUAGCUUCAUACUGUGAUUCCCACUUUGGAGUUUUAUGGUUGUUUGUGCACCGGGGGAAACGAGAGCUGGAGACAGUCGAUGUUUUUGCUGUCGAGCCCCCCCCCUUUACCUCCUCCCCUCCCCCACCGCGUGACGGACAGACGUGUAGACGGACCGCUUUACCCAGCAGCCUUUCUUUUCUCAGCUUCUGCGAUUGUAACGAAAGCACUUUGCGAAAAGGCCAUCCUGAAUAUUGUGUGCUUUUUUUAAUGUUAUGGUUGUCAUUAUUGUUGUUGUUUUGUUGUUGUUCCUGUCGAUGUUUCUUUUUGUUUUGUUUUUUCUCAGUGCAGAUCAUUAUUUAAAAAGGGGGCGGGGGGGGAGAAAACGAUUUGAUGGAAAGAAAAAAAAACACUUGAAUAUUUUUUGCUAUCUGGAUUUUUAACGGUGGUUCUGGACAUAAACACAUCUCUGUUAUAUUUCCACCGUACCUGUUAUAUGCAGCUUGUUGCAUAGUCACACAAAGGCAGGGGGGGGGGGCACUGGACAGACCUCCUCCUACUUGCUCUCUGCUUACUGUCUCAGAUCUUGUUGGGAGAAAGGUCAUUUGAUCUCAUUUUUGGGAGACUCCUUUUCUUGAAAAAAGAAACCUGUAUAACAGUUGCAAAGCUUUCUGAGAAGGCUCUAGCUGCGCUGAAUGUUAAACACGCGGUGUUGUGUCCACUGCAGAAUCUAUUGUGUGUUUGUUUUGUUUGCAAUAUUGCCCUGUCUGUGGUUAGAGGCUGGAUCUGGUAUCCAUAUAGAGCUUAAAUGAUUUAUGAAAGACGGAUGAAAUGGCCAAACGACCAUCAUGCACUUUUCGCAAAUCAGUACGGACAUUUUGUUGGCCUUAACAUCUUUGUCCAAUCAAGAUUAUCGCAUUUAGAAUGGAAAUAAUAAUAAUAGUGAUAAACAUUCGGUAGAUCCAUGGUUAAAUGGUUUGAGGUGGGAGAGAAAGCAAUAGUCUAGUAUUUAUAAUAGAUUGAUUUGUGACUGUAAAUUGAUUAUUAUGAUAAUCCUUUUUCAGAGUUUUUUUCUUUUUUCUUUUCUUUUUCUGAUGUACAUUUUAAAUUGGCAGAAUCUGUCCCAGUUGUCAAACGUGGACAAGCGUCACUCCACGUGUGUGUGUGUGUGUGUGUGUGUGUGUGUGUGUGUGUGUGUGUGUGUGUGUGUGUGUGUGUGUGUGUGUGUGUGUGUGUGUGUGUGUGUGUGUGUGUGUGUGUGUGUGUGUGUGUGUGUGCGCGCGCGUGUAAACACGUCCUUCCCUGUUGCGCCUCGCUGCGCGCGUCGCCCCGCGCGUCGUCCCAGAGGAAGAGCGCCCGCUGCGGCGUCACUCCCGGAAGUGGAGUUUGGACCGGAAGUGCAACGCCGUCGGACGUUUUUGACCCGCAGAGUGCGGCCGCUGUUUCCUUCCCCCUUGCGAUGCAGCGUGGGUUUACUCUUUUGUACAUUAAAUAACCUCUUUGGUUUAGUUUUCUUCGCGUAGCAGUCUGUCGGUGCGUGUCUGUUGGAAGCUGCAGGAGGAGGGGGGGGGGAUUUGUUUUUGUUUUUGUUUUGGAGAAUUUGCACUUUUUGGCGAUGAAAAUAAAUUGUAUUGUAUAUGAGACCACUAAAUCCACACAGUCUAAAAAACCAUAUAAUUCCAUUUUGUGUCAUUUUUCUUUUUUUUCCUGUUCUUUUUCUGUUCUUUUUUUUUUAUAUAUCCAAAAAUGUCUGGCAUCUGGUUGUCUGGUUUAAAGAAUAUAAACAUCUUUCUAUUAAAAACAAUGGUUGCAAAAACG